AUGAAGGAAGAGAACGAGCAGAACAUGCAGAUCGUGACGUUCAAACUGGAGCAGAUCGCGUCGAUGCAGGAAACGACGCAGCAGAUGGAGGAGAAGAUCGAGGAGCUGUCGACGGAGCUGGAGAAGGAGAAGGCGGAGCGCAAGGAGGAGAGCAAGCAGCAUUUGGAGAAGAUUAAAGACUUGACGGCGAAGUGCAAAUUGCUGAAGGCGAAGAACGAAAAAAUGAAAGCUGCAGCAGGCGCAGCGCCUGCAGCCGCGCCCGCAAAGGAAAAACCGAAGAAGCUGUCGCUGUUCGGAAGGAGAGGAGCUGCAGCGGCGACGCCAAAAUCGGAGAGUGAAAGUGAGGAUAGUGAGGAGGAGGCUUUGUGGAUUGUUUGUUUGCCACAUCCGGUUUUAUUCUUAUGUCUGGUUUGCACUGCGGAGAGUGGGUGA